AUGGUCGAAGCUAUGAAGUGAACCAGGACACUUCACGUAGUAAUAUCUCUGACAUUGUGAUUUGUGUACCGGCUGAAAGUUCAUGACAUACGGUGAUUUGUUUAGUGUAGGUGUAAAGCGUCUGUUGUGUGAAGCAGUUUCAUAAAUGGUUCAGAUGAGCUCACAGCAGAGUCCAGCUACACUUCAGAGUGGUGUUGACAGAGAGAAAAUUUACCAAUGGAUUGUAGAGCUUUCAAAUCCAGAACUGAGGGAAAAUGCUCUAUUGGAACUGAGCAAAAAACGUGAAGUUGUACCAGAUCUGGCUCCUAUGCUUUGGCAUUCAUUUGGCACAAUUGCUGCCCUUCUCCAGGAAAUUGUGAAUAUCUAUCCCGCAAUUAACCCUGCAUCACUUACAGCCCACCAGUCCAACAGGGUUUGCAAUGCACUAGCCUUGCUGCAAUGUGUUGCAUCUCACCCAGAAACCCGCUCAGCAUUCCUUUCAGCACAUGUUCCUCUUUUCCUGUAUCCGUUUUUACACACUGUGAGCAAGACGAGGCCAUUUGAGUACUUACGUCUCACUUCACUUGGUGUCAUUGGAGCUCUUGUCAAGUCCGUUGCAGGAAUUACCGAACAACACCAUAAACAGUUCCACGCCGUCAACCUCAGUACGGGAGUCAGUCAGGAGGAUUUCCGGAAAAUGCAAAAGACUGAUGAACAAGAGGUCAUUACAUUCCUUCUGACAACUGAGAUAAUCCCACUAUGUCUGCGAAUAAUGGAAAGUGGAUCAGAACUAUCAAAGACUGUGGCUACCUUCAUAUUACAGAAGAUACUUCUUGAUGACAGUGGCCUCUCGUACAUUUGUCAAACGUAUGACAGGUUCUCACAUGUUGCUAUGAUCCUUGGAAAAAUGGUAUUGUCUCUGGCAAAAGAUCCUUCAGCAAGGCUGCUUAAACAUGUUGUGAGAUGCUACCUCCGCCUCUCUGACAACCCUAGGGCAAGAGAGGCACUACGACAAUGUCUGCCUGAUCAGUUGAGGGACACCACAUUCUCAAAUUGCCUACAGGAUGACAAGUCAACAAAACACUGGUUGACACAACUGCUGAAAAAUCUUGAAGCAGGACCUGUCACUAUUGUUGGCGCAAAUACUAAUGUUGGUAUAUCACCCCUUGCCCCACAGUGAAUUGAACUGUUUGUCUAUGUUGUUGAUAUUUUGUUUUUGUCUGUAGCAGUUUAUUCAUGACACCACAGAGGGAUAGACUGAUUUUAUUCACAGGUGUUUCCAAUUUACUUAAUCUUGCAAAGAAACUGGGUGACUAAUUGAAGAAAUUUCAAUUUUCAAUGGUGGCUAAGUCAGUACCUAAAAUGCCCUUUAUCUGGGAUAAUUUUAUCUUUGUUGUAUAUAUUAUCUGAAAUUGUAUCAGAAAUAUUCUGUGAAUUCAGAAAUGGAAAAACUAUGUGAGAGUUAGUUCUGGAUAUUGUUAUGCAAUAUGAUGCAUGGAAAGUAGUUGAAGCGUAUCUCUUUACGUAAAAGUAGUACGUGUUCAUUAUUAGAGAGGAGUACAUGUAAACUUUUCAUGGCAUAACUUAAGUUAUAAAAGAACAGUUAAAUGAUUUAUGUGUAAAGUAUGAGAAUGUGCUUGACAAGUCAUACAUUUCUGGAAUUGGCAGUCCUCAUGUUGAGAUGGCCUGGAACAAAUAGUAGCUGUUGUUCACAUGAUACAUUCAAAUGUAAGACCACUGAAGUGAUGACUAUGGUGUGUACUGUGUUGUGUAUUGUAAGGAAAUAUUUUAUAUGUAGAGUUUACUGCUCUGAUAUGCCUAUAAAAUAAAUCAGUUUUAAGACUUAAAGAGUGUGCAGAUAACUCAAAUUUGAGUUAGCACUUAAUUACUCUUCCAUAUUAAUUAUAACUUUUCAGUCAUUUUCUUCAUCUAAUUUACUCUUGUCUUGAUGUACAUUGAUUAUUAUGUUUUGUGGUAGAAUGUCAUUAAUAUUGACCUGAAUGGUCACUUUUUGGGGCCUUGUAUUAUUUUUACAUUUAUCUUAUUUAUUUUGAAGCAGAGAUAAAUCUAAUUUGUGUACAUAUAAGCCAAAGAAAGCUCGUUACUUUUCAGGAAAGAAAUAAUAAUGUACAGUAGAGAAUGAUAUAAAAUAUUAACAUAAUUAAUGUUAAUAUUUAAAAAUCAAUAUUUAAGACUGGUAAAUGUCCUUCAUUAUUGAUGAAGAGCAGACAUGCAACUUUCUCAUUCACAAUAUCAUUAUUUAUCAUCAUUAACCCAGAAUGAAAUUGAUUUGUAAAUGGUAUAGGCUAAUUGUAAGUCUUUUUAAAUAUCUCAUAAUUAAUGUAAUUGCAUUAUUUUAUUUUGCUCUGAGAAGUGUGUUUUACAGUUGUAGUUGCACAGAAAAACUUUUUAAUGUUGAAGGAAUUCACAAAUUAUCUGAGAAUACUAUAUGUAUUACUGUUAAUAUAGUUUUUUUAUGAUAUUGAUUUAUAUACCCUUGAUGGAAUUGUGUCCUGCUGGCAGGCUAAAUUAUGUAACUUCUGUCACACACUUCCUAAAGGUGAGAAAACUGCCCAAGAGAAUAUAGAAGAAUGUACUGAGUACAACUUGCACUAUACAAAGGCUACGAGGUAGCAACAUCUGGAAAACUAUUUGUAGUUCACUAUUUUUAUUUACUUUUGUUACUUUGUUCUUUUUGUUAAUGCAGUCUGAUACACAGUUUGUAACAUCUUAAAUUGUACCUGAUCAUUGGUGUUAUAUUUGUUUUAUAACACUUGAAAUUUAUAGAUUGUACAGCAUAUUUGUUAAAAAAAAUGUUUCUGAAAUAAAUUUUCUUAUAAAGUUGA